ACUUAUCGUUCUGCAUAUGCCUACACUGUAACAACAGUCCCUGGCUGCUAAAGUGGUAUUGUGGACCGAAACGGCCUAGUUUGUUUCUGUGACCUGUGAAUUUGAGGUCAGAUGUGUGGCCUUAGCGUUAUACAGCAUUUUAAAACGUGCAAAUGCUUUCUGGCUCUGCUUUGAAUAAGUGUGCUUAAACCAAGCUUAAACCACGAGCUUCUUCCUCGGACUCAUGGCUUUCUACAAUUCUGUAUAUUUGAGAUGCCUUUCAAACAGCUUAGGGUGCAGCUGAUGAUUGUCUGUUUCUUGAAAGGUGGAAAGUCAGGUGAUUUCACUUGAGGUCAUUUUUUUUUAAACAAGGCAAGAAGUUUAAUGAAGCACCUUAUUUAUUGUCGAGUUGGCCAAGUGUUUACCCGGAAUCCAGAAAUCUAUUGUUUUCAUCCAAGCGAUCCAAACAGGCAGUAUGUAAACGGCAAGCAAGGCUACGUCGCUACGUGCAUUGCAUGAUGCAUCGUACCCGCAUGACUCGUAGGCUGGAAGAUAUCUACCGGACCAUUACCAGUCCACCAAGUGACUCACCAUGGCAGACAACAUGCCUAGCACCUACACCACUACGACUACAACAACCACGCGCACCAUCUUCUUCGACAAGACCAUGCUGCGCAGGAAAGAAGUGAUCCUAAAGAUGGCUGAGAUGCUGUUCUGCAUACUCGGCAUGAUCUGCGUGGCAUCCACAUACAAUCCGUACUCGAGUCCGGCCAGCUUCUACUACUUCUGCGCUACGAUCGGCCUCGUUGUGGGUCUCAUCUUGUUCAUCAUCUAUGUGACUCAUCUGCGUGACAAGGCGGCCCCCACCCUGCGGCUCAACUUCGUGGAGAUGGUCUACAGCGGUAUCCUCUGCAUCUUUUUCAUAGCCGGCUCGAUUGCUGCCAUCACACGCGCACAAAAAUACUAUGGCGAGACUGGCCUGAUGGUGGCAGGGGUGUUUGGAUUGAUCCUGGCGGCGCUGUACGCCAUCGAGACAUUCAUCAUGUACCGGGCCUGGAGGUCGGGCGCCACUAUGAGCGCCGCACAGACCACCACCGUCCGGCAGGUGGCCUAGGCGCCGACCGUGGCGCCAUCCAACGGACAAACAGCAACACUCAGCUCGACCCGACGCCGCCAGGGGAUGUCCAAUAUUUCUACAGUAUCGCCGCGAGUUUUGAACUGUUAUGGACUCACUUCAGAUUGCUAUAAAUUGAACCCGGCAUAAUUUGACUAUCGGCGAGACCCCGUUGGUAGUCCAACUCCCUCAGCGUCGAGUCCCCGUCCUGAUAUCCUGACGUCUGACCUCCCCGCCUCGCUGGGUCGCCAUCCGUCACCUCUGCGGCGCUUCCUAUCUCUCCCCCGACGCACCACCGCUCUGUGAAUCUCUGGGUGCGGAGUGGGAAACGCCCGCCGGCUCACCCCGCCCAGGGAGCCCGUCACGAGUUAUUGGCUGGGCGGGUAGCUUCCAAUGAGAAGGUGGCACUUGUUUUGGCUUGUGGCCACACACUGACCGUGUGGGUAUUAUUUCCAGCGUCUGGUCACCGGCCAACCGGCAUUGGGCGACAGAGACGUGCAAGCUAACACCCCGACACUCGGUACCAGUGGGGCUAUCCAAACGGGGCGCCGAAGGUGGCGACAAGCAGUACCUAUGGGCUAUUAUAACAGGUCGGGUGUUGUUAUGUUGUGGUUAGAUGUCAGUGUGGCUCCUUGAACACUAGUCCUUUUUCCUGUUUUCCUAUUUAUCGACCUGCUGUACAACUAAUAUUUGUUUGCCGCUAAAAAUCCACUCGAGGAUUAGGAGUCGAAAGUUGUUCAUGGUUCCGUCCAAAUUUUGAUUUGUGCAGGAUUUCUGAUCUUUCUUUGUAGGGUUCCAGUGUUUUGUAUGUGUCUGGGACUGUCUCUUGUAACCCCUACUAUUAUCACUCCCGUGGUAUUUGUUGCAAGCCUAUUGCCGUGUCCAGCGCUCCACCUAGCACCGUGACUUGUGCUGUGCCUAACUGCUUAGCGCUGUGCCUAGUGUCGUGCCUAGUCUACUGCGUUUGCUCUCACUGGCACUGUCUUCUUGGUGUCUUUUUACGAGUGACUGUCAAACACGACGACUGCCAUCUUGGUAUUGUCUUGCGGAUUGGCUUCCUUGAGUGUAAGUAGUCAGCACUAACUACUCUUUUUGGACCUUCGCUUGUUUGAUGAACUAUUUUGCAUUAACAUUUAUUUGUUUUAGGUUUAUUUUUCGGCGUGAUGUGUGUGUGCGUGUUGCUUACAUUUAUCCAUGCUUUGGCGAUAGGCAUAAUUGCGGUGGGAAUGAUGGCCUUGGUUAAUUUGUAACCGUUCGGCGGAUUUGCCGCUGUGUUCCGGUUGCUAAUCUUCUUUAUUUAGAUACGCUUCUUUCUAAUAGCAAUCUCAUUUGGCAUUAAGUAUCGGUGGGAUACCGUAGUAGUUGUGUUUCUUUUUACCAAUUUUUAUGUAACGCCGAGUGUUCAAAUCCUUGCUAAAACGUUUCUAAUCCUGCAAUGUUGUUUGGAUUACCGUUUUUCAUGGUGUGUCGCAUAAUCGAAUGGUAAAGGCCAAACGGACUUCGUCUAUUAACCGACUGUAUACCAUAAUUCAUAUUACGAUGAUACGGACUUGGUUAGUGUGCCUGUUGGACUUGAAGCAGCUUAGCUGUUGUGAAAGGGUAUCGUGAUUCGUGUGGCCCAUAGCUGUCGCGUGCUUCCAUCUACCAUGUCAGCUCUGUCGUUCGCAGGGAACCAAAGGAGGCCAGUAACCGCCGAUCACUUGCUUUAAUCUAACACAUGCAUAUUGCAUAGCAUAGCAAUGUUUCGCGCUAUUGGUCGUGGUAUGAUAUGCGCCUCGAAUGUGCUGGACAUGUGCCUUUAUUCACUUCGAUUGUAUCCAGCUUUGGUCUGCGUACUUCCAGGAAUCUGCAACGUACCUAUUUAGCCAGAAUUGCUACUGUAGCAGGGUAAUGAUCGUGCCGGCCGUAUUUGGCAAGAUUUGACGAUAUUUGCAGUGAAUCUCGUAUUUUUCUACCGCGCACAUAUUUUCUAAACAUUGUUGAUAGUCUGAACUCUGUUCUAUUACUGAUUUUUUUUCCAAGAGAACCUGAAGUGUUUACAGUAUACUAUAAUAUUAUCAUGAAAGGUGAACGCAUAAUUCUAGCCUAGAUUUUGGAUGCAUUUAUAAUGUCAACUGCUGCCUUAUCACACUGCCUUGCACUGUCCAACACCAGCUUCCAGUAAAUGCGACCCACUUAAUCUGCUGAGACCGCUAUGCACGAACUUUUCAUGUACCGUGACAACACGAGGGGCUUGUCGCGUUUUCGCGCCAUCUGUGGUCAAACGGUAAACAUAGGUCUAUGAGCAGUAAGGGUUGUGGGCCUGUAGCCAUUAGAAGCUAAUGAAUUGAUGAUCACGGCUUGCUUGUUGGUGAAUAUCUAAACGCUGUUAUAUGGCUUUCUGAUGAGUGGGUUGUGGGAUAAUUAGAGUAUACCGCUUGAGCUUGAUGUCGUUUAAAUGUCAGCGUGUAGCUAAUGUGUGAGCACUGUAUGUCCUCAUCGGGCUUGUAAGGCACUAUACCCCCGACACGAGUCUGCGUGAGGCUUUUGUUCGCUUUAGCCGUGCCGGUGAUCUGAUACUAACAUACCCACCCGUCCCCAAUGUGUACCUGGAGCCGUGUGUAGUCGGCCUUUCACACUGCUGCAUCCCCGCCGAUGUCGGCCGGUCGUCUGACUUGCCCUCGCGCGGUGAGCAGCACGCUUGUGCCCUCGGACUGGGGGUCGUGGCCGAUUCGGUGCAGCUUGUAGUUGUGUUAUCCCUGAGGCAAAUACAUUAAAACAGGCUU